AUGCGCCUCACAGCUCGCAGUGCUGAAUAGGCUCGUGUCGAGAAAGGUUUUGCAUUCUAUACGAACAACUUAGUACUAGUGACUCGUUUUGAUUCUAAACUACCCCCAUUGCAAGAGCGUUUCAGUUGGUGUAUCAGAUCGGUACUAGUGGCACAAAGCAGCAACAAAUUAGCCUAGCAUGGGAAAACUACAGGUUGCGGAUGUAGAAAAUGAGUACAAGAAGUUCCCAGAUUUGAAACGGGAGGAUGUACAGAAGAUUCGCGAAUGGAUGGAAAAGCAACCUCAUCUGCCAAAAAUUAGCGAUUUGGAAAUAAUACUUUUCCUGCAUUCAAAUUACCAUCGAGUUGAAUCAACCAAAGCUACGAUCGAUGCUUUUUACACAUGCCGCACUCACGCACCGGAACUAUUCUCCGAUCGCGACAUGAUGUCCAAUGAGCUGAAAAAUAUUAUGAGUUUAAUAGUAAUUGUUCCACUGUCAAUUCCGACCCAGGAUAAAUACACGGUGAUCUAUGGUAAAGUUAUCAAUAGUGAUUCGACGCAUUUCUCGUUUGAAUCUGCUUUGAAAUUUCUAACAAUGAUCGCAGAUGUGGUUCAGCGAGAAAGUGGUGCAGUACACGGAUACACCUUUGUACUAGACAUGGAAGGUGUUACGAUGGGACAUGUUACUAAGUUGUCGAUUAGUACUGUCAAGAAAUUUCUACACUUCCUGCAAGAGGCGAUGCCAGUGCGCUUGAAAGGGCUUCACUUGACAAACGUUGUUCCAUUCAUUGAUAAGAUUCUUAUGUUAAUCAAACCUUUUAUGAAAAAAGAACUGCUAGAUAUAUUGCAUCUGCACAGCACCGCAGAAAGCUUGUAUCCUUUCGUUCAGAAAGAAUGUCUCACUAAUGAGCUUGGUGGCAAAGCUGGUUCACUGAUGGAGCUUCGAGAUAAAUUCAAUCAACACAUGAUCGAUAGUCGUGACUUUUUGUUGGAUGAUGAGAAAAAGAAGGCGGUGGAGGACAAAAGACCUGGUAAACCGAAAGAUUCGGGCUCCACCUUUGGAUUAGAAGGAAACUUUAAAAAAUUAGACAUUGACUGAGGAAAUUUUCUUCGUACUAAGAUUCUCAGCAUACAAAACACAGGGAUCUACUAUAUUAUUGGUAGCACGUGUUGUGAUCGAAUUCAAUUGCCAAAUAGACAGAUAUUUCUAGAUGAAUAAGGUUUGUAAUUGAAAAAUAAUAGCUAUCCAAAUAUAUUGCAGCAACCUGAACUCAAAAUAACUGAGUAAAUGUUGAAUUUGAACUGUGCGUUGAUAAUGACAUUGCCGAUUCUUUAAAAGCACAAAAUAUGUUCGAGACAUGUAGUGAUUGACUUAUGUUGCUGUCUCAUCUGAUAUAAUUGACCAUUUAAAAUCACAUGUGCACUCUACGGAUCACGUUCAGAAACAUCAUCAAUAGACACAUUGACGCGUUCUCAAACUAAUUACAGCAUACAGAAUGAAUUAGACGUCAGCUGGCUUGAAUGAAUUAACCAAAACCUGAUGACCUCCGUAAACCACAAUCAACGAACUCUUCGCAUUGUUUUAUCGUUCUUAUAGAAGAAAGUAAUAGAAAUCACUCAAAUACUGAGAGUAGAUUUUAGUUUUCUAACCGCGUUCGCCGUUGAUGUAAACUGAAAUAAUUUCUAUUUUGAAGCGACAUUUUUUUCUUAUAUUUUUGAGGAUAUUGUUAUAUUAGGAGUUUGAGACUAUUUGGUUUGAAAAAGUUAAUAUGGACUGCUAAGUGUUUAGCUUUCAUCUAACGGUAAUUGGUGUGUCUUUUAGUAUUUUGAGAUCUAGAGUUAAUUUACCUACCGACUGUGUGCAAAUUACUCAUAGGUUAUCAAAAAUGCGGAAGCAGUUUAUUGCGAUGGAUUCUGAUCGGAUUUGGAAGAUCGGAGAAGCAGUUUACUAUGUGUUGUAGUACCAAUGAAUUGAAAAAGUGAAAUUUUCUUGAUUACAUAAAUGCAUUCGAUCACUGUGAAUGAGCAUGUUGGAAAUAUCACGAUCUUGAAAACGUAUUUAGUGAAAAUGGCAAAACAGCACAUUCAGAUCAUUUUAUUAAUAAUGCACUUCAGAUUAUCAUCAACGAGAACAACUGAACCAUAAACUGCGAUCUCACGGUAUUGUAUCAUCUAUGGAUGAGUACGUUUAAGCUUUUUAAGCGAAUAUCGACAGUGACGUCAACAAGAUAUUGAUCAAACUGCUUAGAUACACAACCACCGUUAAGUGACAGGAAGCACGCAUUUGGAUGAAUUUUUUUUCAAGUUUUAACUAUAUUAUGCCUCGAAUCCUCAUCUCGAAGGUGAACGUGAACUACAAAGGAACUCAGUAAAGCUUCGGCAUUUAAAUUAAAAAUGAUAGAAUUAGUACUAUAAGAUAUUUACACUUUAUUUUUGUUACGUUAUUCUACAGUUUAGUUUUGCAUGCAUUAAUUGAAUUUGAUAAUGACCGCUUUCAAUUAUACCACUGCUACACAUCCACGCGAUCACUUUGAAAUAUUGUGAAAAAUUGAAAAUUUGUCGUCCCCGAGCAAUUUUUUUCAUAUUUCUAAAUGGCUCGAUGUUAGAAACAAAUUAAAGGGUUGUGUGCAGUACACGACCAUGGUGACAUUAAAAAUGUAGCUUUCUUCAAGACUGUGCAAUUCCUGAAUGAAUUUGUAUCGAUCAAAAUUUGGCGUUAAAUCCUCCUGGAAGUAAUGAUGGAGAUUUUGCUCUUCAACAAAGUUUUCUCGAGUGGCUAUUGCAAACCACUUUGUUGAAGACAUGCUUGCUCCAUGUGUUCAGAGCAUUGUAAUAUUUUAGGUUAUUUGUGAAAGCAAAUCUUGAAUAUGAGUUAUUACGAAAUUUCUGUUUAUGAUAAAUUUGCUGUUUACAAACAGUAAAAUUCACAUUUGAAGCUGUGAAGCUUACUAUAAAAAGUUAUUUUGCAAAAAGUGGAUUUAAGAGCAUUUAAUAAAAAUCGCUUUAUGGCCCGAUAUGCUCCCUACAUGUAGUAUUUAUACCUUCAACAAAGUUGUUUUAAAUGA